AUGGAAACACUGCAGGUUCCGGCGAUGCAGAAUGGGGGUGGUAUUCGCGGCUAUUGGAGCCUUUUGGCUCUUGAAACGCUUAUCGAUUACAUAGGCGAUGAAGAGGAGAAGGAGGGAAUUUAUCACAGCUUUCAUCCAGAGAAUUGGCCUGAAAAUGUUUAUCAAGCUCCUCUGACAGAAGAGGAGGAACACCGGGUCAAGGAGGCCUAUGAUCCGGAAGUAAAACUACGCAAGCUGCCUCGCACUCGAAGAUAUCUCCCUUGUCAUUAUUUCGAUUACAUCUGCGGCUCAAGUACCGGAGCACUCAUUGCAAUCAUGUUAGGACGAUUUCGGAUGACUGUUCCAGACUGCCUCUUCGAAUACCGAAGGCUAGGGCACGAAGUCUUCGGGAAGCCUCGUAUGAUCUCUACGCUACGAUUUGGGUUAGGCGUUAGGCAAAAGUACAAAGCUGCGAGAUUGGAGAAAGUAUUCAAAGAUGUUACCAUAAGGCGUAACGAACAGCCAGGGCCUAGUGAGACCGGGAAGAUCACGUUUCCAUCCGGCCGAGGCUUAUGUGCUACAUGUGUCACCACUAUGAAAAGCGAAGCGGACGGGCGGUCAUCAAGGCUGUAUCUGAUUCGCUCUUACGACCAUGAUAAACAAGAUUCGCCGGAUCAUUCUAGAGGACCAACUCCUAGAACGACCAUGCGCUCAGGCCGAACGAACACAGAUAUCUCUACUAAUACCAACGCAAUACAGAGAAGGCGAGAGCAAAAGAAAAGCCUAAUUCAUAUCAAUUACGAGAAGGCUCAACAACUCGAGGUCUGGCAAGUAGCUCGAGCUGCCACCGCGGCAAAGUUUUACUUCGAGCCAUUGAAGAUUGAAAAUGCCCGAAGUGGGGGAUUUACGGAAUUCACAGACGGAGGUUUUGGUCAAGCUAACAACCCUACACGGACAGGAAAGCAGGAAAUCGAAGAUCUCCACGGAUACACUUCCAUUGGCAUCGUUGUCAGCGUAGGAACGGCGCGCAAGCUGAAGGAAGAUGCGAAGAAGGCAACAUUCUUCUCUACAAUCCCAGAUUCAGCUAGAGAGUUUGCUGAUACGGCAACUGAUCCUGAAAUAAUCCACAACGAAAUGCAACGCGAGCAUGCCAAUCAUAACGAAUUUCCAUACUAUCGACUGAACCACCCAGGAGGUCUACAAACCGAACUUGACGAGUGGGAGCCGAAACGUAAGAUGUACAACAAGAAGGACGAUGGGGCAAAGACCAUCGCCGACAUGGAGAGUGCUUUCGCUAAAUGGGCGGCAAAGCGUGAUAGCAUCCGGCAGCUCCAGGAGUGCGCCGAUGCUCUUGUUGCCCGUAGAAGAGAACGCAUGACUACCGGCAAAUGGGAGCGAUAUGCCACAGGUUCGCACUUUGAGUGUCGAGUCAGAGGCUGCGACCCCGGGGACUUUUUCGAUCGCCACCAAUUCAUGAGUCAUCUCAGCGAUAAUCACCUUUUCGAAGGCGAUGAGUUGAAGGAUGAAGUAAGUCAAUGCAGAAAACACUGGCGGUAUCAGGCUGCUCCUAAGCCCUGA